AUGGCGAUUAAGGCAAACCCCAACAGAAAGAAGGAAAAGUUUCCUUCGAGAACAAAGGAUGCGUUGGCUUUGGCAGAGAAAAUCAAAGAAAACGCUUUGAAGCAGAAACUACUACAAAAGAAACAAGCCAGUGCCGACACAGAUUCUUCCAUCAAGCCCGAGGCAACAGAGGUGUCUGUAUCCGAUGGCAGCAAGAAGUUCGAGACAUUUAGCGAGCUCAAGCUUAUUCCAGAGCUUCUUGAGUCUAUUCAGAAUAUGAAAUUUACCAAACCGACGCCAAUUCAAGCCGAAGCCAUUCCUCACGCUUUAGAAGGAAAGGAUAUCAUUGGUCUCGCAGUGACUGGUUCAGGAAAAACGGCUGCUUUUGCUAUCCCCAUUUUGCAGGCGCUUUGGCACGAUCAAAUGCCUUAUUAUGGUCUUGUAUUGGCUCCUACAAGAGAGUUGGCAUACCAGAUCAAAGAUACAUUUGAUCAGCUUGGAGCCGCCAUGGGUGUUCGAACAUGCUGUGUUGUCGGAGGCAUGGAUAUGAUGGAUCAGGCUCGUGAUUUGAUGAGAAAGCCUCAUAUCAUUGUUGCAACGCCUGGUAGAAUUGUUGAUCAUUUGGAGAAUACUAAGGGCUUCUCGUUGAGAAAACUCCGAUACUUGGUCAUGGAUGAGGCCGAUAGAUUAUUGGACCUUGAUUUUGGGCCUGAACUCGACAAGAUAUUAAGAGUGAUACCCAGAGAAAGGAACACCUACUUGUUUUCGGCCACCAUGACGGGGAAGAUUGAAAAGUUGCAAAGAGCUUCCCUCAGAAAUCCAGUAAGAAUUGCUGUUUCAUCCAAAUACCAAACCGCAGACAACUUGGUUCAGCUGAUGAUGCUUGUAAGUGAUGGCUACAAGAACACCUAUCUAAUCCAUUUGCUCAAUGAGUUCAUGGGAAAGCUGAUAAUCAUCUUUACAAGGACGUGUGCUCACUCUCAGAGAACUGCUCUACUAGCACGUAUCUUGGGCUUCUCUGCCGUUCCCUUACAUGGUCAACUCACACAAGCUCAAAGAUUGGGUGCUUUGAAUAAGUUCAAGGGUAAGAAGGCAAAUAUUUUGGUCGCUACUGAUGUUGCUGCUAGAGGGUUGGAUAUACCGGCUGUUGACGUUGUGAUCAAUUACGACAUUCCUACAGACUCCAAAGCCUAUAUUCACAGAGUGGGAAGAACUGCUCGUGCUGGAUGUUCAGGUAAAUCGAUCUCCUUAGUCACUCAGUACGACUUGGAAAUGUACCUAAGAAUUGAAGCUGUGUUAGAGAAGAAGCUUCCAAAAGACCCAGCUCCUCCCAGAGAUGUGUUAGACGCUUUGCAUGUGCAUGUUGACAGAGCUACAGCCGAAGCAAUCAGACAAACCAAGGAUUUCCACGAUAAGAAGGGAAGAAAGAAGUCUAGAGACGAUGCUGAUAGAGAGGAGAGAUGA